AUGAGAUCCGUGCUACUGGACCAUGACACCACAAAACACAUUGACCUACAGGUGGUGGCAGAGAACGAACACGUCCCUGAGAUAGAGCGGUUCAUUCGAACGAUAAAGGAACGCGUCCGUGCAAUGUGGAACGUCAUGCCAUUCAAGCAACUGACAAGCCGAUUCAUCGUUGAGAUGGUAACCAACGUGAUGAUGUGGUUGAAUAUGUUCCCACCACAGAAUAGUGCAUCGGCAACAAUCAGCCCGAGGACACUAGUGACGGGGACACACAUCGACUACAAGACACACUGCCGACUGGAGUGCGGAGCAUACGUCCAAACCCACGAGGAACAUGACAACAGCAUGAAACCAAGGACCAUCGGAGCAAUCGCACUUAGGCCGUCAAAUGGAUCACAAGGGAGCUACUAUUUCCCCAGCCUAGUCACGGGCCACCGUAUACACAGGAAGCGAUGGACGGAACUACCGAUGCCUACCGACGUGAUAGAAAGGGUUCACGCACUGGCCCAAAAGGAGAAGUCUCCUGCAGGUCUGACAUUCGGUUGGCGUGAUGUGACCGAAAUCACAGACGGAGAUGAUGAUGACGAGAUGGCCGAUCCAGACUAUGCCCCGUCUGACGAGGGCCAAGACGUGGAACAUCAGGAAGACGACGACAUUCCAGUCGAGAUAGGCCAGGAAAUCAAUCCUGAGGAGCUGGCAGCACUGAACACGGAUCAAGACGGAAGCAGCGGUGACAGCGAGGAGAGUAGCUCAACGUCAGGACGGGACGAUAGCAGCCACGAAGACGGAAGCGAUCAAGAGAACGAGGAGCUUGAAACCAUACACGAGGAGGAAACGUACGGCGGAGACGCGGACGAUGAGCACGUGGACUCUGAGGAAACUGGUGAUGAGGACAGCCUCGAGGAAGAGGACACACCAAUCAACCAAAAUGAUGCCGAUAAUGAGCCAGACGACAACACGGAUGACGAACCGCAGGGAGCGGAAGAUGAGGCAUCUCAGCGUGAUGAAGACACAGCCGACGAAGAUGACACAAGCUGA